AUGAUAAUUCUCUCCUAUAAUUCUAGAGGUUUGGGGAGGGGAGUCAAGUGGGCUGCUGUUAGAAGGCUCAUUGUAAAGCACAAAGUGGAUCUUGUCUGCCUCCAAGAAACCAAGAAGGAGAACUUUAAUAAAAGUAUUUGCCAGGCCAUUUGGGGAGACUCCACUGGUCAUUGGGAUUUUUUUCCAUCUAUGCAAGCUGCUGGUGGCCUUUUAUGUAUGUGGAAUAACUCCACCUUUGUGGUAGAAAUGAAGGAAAAAGGUAGAUGCUUCUUAAUGCUUGAAGGCACAUGUUGUAGUAAUAAUCAGAAGUUGAUAUUUGUCAAUGUUUAUGCUCCUUGUGAUCUGGUUGGGAAGAAAGCUUUAUGGGAUGAGUUGAGGCAGCUGAAGGCUUCUAAUCCUAGUGGAAUGUGGUGUUUCCUUGGGGACUUCAAUAGCAUUAGAAGUUCUCAGGAAAGAAUCAGCUUAUCUCAAAGAAGGGCAGAUCCUUAUGACAUUGUAGCCUUUAAUCAGUGGAUUGAUGAUAUGGAGCUUCAGGAAAUUAAAUGUUAUGGGAAUAGCUUUACUUGGAUUAGGCCUAAUGGCUGUGUGAAAAGCAGGCUUGAUAGAUUCUUGGUCUCACAGAAUUGGCUAUCUCUUUGGCCUGAGAGCUGCCAAAUUGUCCUUCAAAGGAACCUCUCAAAUCAUUGCCCGUCUAUAUUGCAAACUAAUAUGGUGGACUGGGGCCCAAAGCCCUUUAGGGUGUUUGACUGGUGGCUGCAGCAAAAGGGGUACCAAAAAAUGGUGAGGGAGGCCUGGAAAAAGGACCAGCAGGGGGGCUGGGGUGGUAUUGCCCUUAAAAAUAAGUUGAAGAACUUAAAAUCUGUUAUAAAACAGUGGAGCAAAGCAGAGGGGAAUAUUAAUCCUAAGAAGGUCCUUAAUAUUCAGCAGAAGCUAAAUGAAGUGGAGGAUCUAGCUGCUCAUCGAAAUCUGACUGAUCAAGAGAUUAAGGACAAAACUUUACUUCAGCAGGAGUUAUGGAAUGCCUCUAAUGCUUUUGAAUCUUUAUGGAGACAAAAAUCUAGGGCCAGAUGGCUGAAGGAGGGGGACUACAACACUGCUUACUUUCACAAAUACAUGAAUUUCAGGAGAGCUUAUAAUAAUAUUCCAGGUAUAUUUAUAUAUGGGGAGUGGAUCCAGCAACCUGAUGCAGUGAAAAAUGAAGCUGCCAACUUCUUCCAUAAUAGAUUCACUGAGCAGAUGCAUUCUAGACCUACCUUGGAUGGAGUUCACUUCAAAUCUAUUUCUCAGAGGCAAAGAGAAUAG